GUAUUAAAAUGUGCUGCAAUGUGAACCACCAGUAUUGUUGUGUCUUUAUCGGAGUGUUGGCGAUUAUUUUAGGACUCCUGGAAAUAGGAUUCAAGUCCGACGAGUUAGGUAAUAAUGUAAAUAAAUCUAUAAGAGCGCAUUCGGAUUGGGUUGCCAAUUCUAACUGGAAUAUUUUGAUGUUGACAUGCAUUAUAUCCUGGGUCUUCAUGAUUUUAGCCGCAGUUGCUCUCAUUGUAGGCGCUAUAAGGAAAGACCGCAAAUUAUUGCUUACCUGGAUAUUAGUCGCAUUGCUUUUCGGAGUGGGUCUGAUUAUUAUGAAAAUAAUAAUAUUUUCAUGCUUCCUUUUUAAACAUAAUGAAGAAAGCCAUCAACUUCUUUUUGGCAGUUUAACGAUAAUUAACAUAUUAUUGGUAUUUUUAUUCGUCUACUAUCCUUAUGCAUAUAUGCGCGAACUGGAGCAAGAGCAAUACGAAUGAAUUCGGUUAAGAGGCUUUAAAAACAUUGUUUUCAGGAUAAAAUUUAAAUAUGUGUACAAGCUUAAACAAUUA